CGACCUGACAAGCAUCACGUUUUCUGCCUGUGACCUCAGACUGUCGUUAGCCGGAUGCACGUCUCUCGGCAUUAGCUUUAUUGAAAGCCGACUGGAAGUAAUCAGAAAUACACUAAACUGUCUGUCGCCUUUUUCUAGCGACUUGUUCGCCGCGCACGCAGCUGAUCCAACCCGACAGACAGCAGCGGGCUAGCAGGAGACAUGGCCACAAUCGAGGAGCUUUCCCCCGCUGCGGGCCCGGUGGUUACCCGGCCCCCCGAGGACGAGAUUGACGACGAUGAAGAUGAAGAUCUGGAUGAGACACUGAUGGAGAGGUUGUGGGGCCUGACAGAGAUGUUUCCUGAUACAGUAAGGACAGCUGCUGAGGUGUCUGCACAGUGCUCCGUCUCACUGAUCAAGAAGUUUUACAGUUUUUCCCGCUCUGCGCUCUGGGUGGGUACUACCUCCUUCAUGAUCCUGGUGCUGCCUGUGGUGUUUGAGACAGAAAGGCUACAGCUGGAGCAGCAGCAGUUACAGCAGCAGAGACAGAUCCUAUUGGGGCCCAACACUGGAAUGUCUGGUGGGAUGCCGGGCAUGAUGCCUCCUGCACCUGGCAAGAUGUGAGGGACAGGAAGAGCCGACAUGAGCCUGAGAUCUGCUGCUAGCGAUACAGCGGGGUCGCUCACAAGGAGAGACAGAGAGACCAUGGAGAAGAGCAAAGAACUGCAGUGAUUAAAAAGAAAAAAAAAAAAAAAGCAAAGCUGUGUACGAACGGCGCAAAAUUAGGCUCAAUCCAAGUAAUGGGUUGGCUGAUGGGAUCAGAGGAGGAGGAUGUGAAGCGUGUCUACCACUUCUCCCUCACUGUCUCUCCUUACUCCAACAUCUUGCAGAGACUGAUUUUCCAGGAGCACUGCUCCCACUUUCUUUUUUCUAUUUUAAAUAAACACUUAUAUCAGCAUAAAUAAUGUGUUCUGUAGAAGAAAGCAGGUACAGGUGGAUAAACUGAAAGAAAAAAAAUCUAGAGGUUACCAAUUGUAUGUCUCGGUGUUCACAGUCUGAAGAACGUUAAUAGACUUUUGUUGGCAGUUCUGUCCAUUAUCAUGUGCUUACUGGUUCCACUUGUACGUGGAGAAUUGGGUUUAAUAAUAUAUCUGACAGACAGGUGUGAUGAGUGGUGACAAGUGGAGCAUAUUGUAGACAAUAUUAUUUGACAGGAAUGUGGUCUACAGAAUGGCCUUUUGAAAUUCUACGUGCUAAAUGACGCUUUUUUUCUAUGUGGUGCGGUUAUGACUGUUCAUUUGUCACAAUUCACCAUUGUGCUAUGUAUUUAUGUCAAAGUGCAAUGCCUCUCAUUUCAAACUAGUCACAGUUAAUGGUUAAUGGUUUAUCAUAUUUCACUGGACUUCAUCAAUGGAUUGUAUAAUGCAACAGCACCAGAUGUCAUGACAUUCAAUAAUUCAAAGAUUGUUGUGUUCUUUCCUGUCUACAGUAUGUGAAAUACAAAAUUAUUUUGUCAUUUGAGACAGUCAACCUCAAAUGUGGUUGAUAAAGGUUUAAUGCCAAAAGUCUCAAUAUUAACUAGAGAUAGAGAAUGUUAUGUUCUUUUCUCUGUUGCCAUCCACCUGACAAUUUUCAGUCUGUUACCUCUGUUCAGUAAGCAAACCGCUGUCUCUAUUUUGUCUUCAACAUGACUGUGGUAAUUAAAACACCAAAUCAAAUGAA